AUGAACAAUUUCUUUAGAUUUGGAUAGAGAAUUUUUGCAAACUCCUCUAGAUGUACUAAGAUUUUAGGAUUUGCUUCCCUUGUAUGCCUUGAAAGAUUUUACAAUCUCCAUCAAAAAGCUCAAGCAUACAAUUCUACUCCCUUUGAUGCAAAACUUAAAGAGCAAUAUCAUCGUUAAAUCCCCGAAUUGGAUAACUUCUUCUCUAAUGUCGUUCUCUUUUCAGGAAAUGCUAAUCACGAUUUAGCUGAUGAAAUUGCUAAGAUUUUGGGUAUCAAGUUAGGUGACUGCUAAGUUAGUAGAUUUGCAGAUGGUGAAGUUGCAAUUUCAAUUAAUGAAAGUGUCAGAGGAAAGGAUAUCUAUGUUGUACAACCUACUUGCACUCCAGUUAAUGAAAAUUUAAUGGAAUUAUUGCUCUUAGUUUCUACUUUGAGAAGAGCCUCUGCAAGAAAGAUUAACGUUCUUGUUCCCUAUUAUGGUUAUUCUCGUUAGGAUAGAAAAACUGCCCCUAGAGUUCCAAUUAGUGCAGCUGAUGUAGCUAGACUUUUAGAAACUGUAGGAGUUGAUAGAGUUAUUAGUAUUGAUCUCCAUUGUGGUUAAAUUCAAGGUUUCUUUGGUCCCAGAGUUCCUGUCGAUAACUUGGAAGCAAAUGUUGUAGCUUUGAAUUAUUUUGUUUAAUAAGGUAACAUAAAUUUAUCUAACACUGUUAUUGUAAGUCCUGAUGCUGGUGGUGUCGCAAGAGCUAAAAAAUUCUAAGAAUUAUUCAAUAAAAAAACUGGUUAAGAGUGCACUCUUGCUAUGAUUAUCAAAUAAAGAGAAGCUCCUGGUAAGAUUGCCUAAAUGAAUUUAGUAGGUUAAGUAGAAGGAAAGCAUGCAAUUAUUAUUGAUGAUAUGAUAGACACAGCUGGUACUUUAUGCGAAGCUGCAAAAACUAUUAAGAGUUUUGGUGCUGUUGGUGUUAGUGCAUUUGCUACACACGGACUUUUCUCUGGUAAUGCAUUUAACAAUAUCAGAAACUCUGUCCUUGAAAAUAUUGUCGUUACUAACACAACUCCUAAGAAACCUGGUGAGGAAAAUAUUGACAAGAUUACUCGUCUUUCUGUUGCUCCUCUUUUGGCUGAAACCAUCUACAGAGUUCAAAAGAAAUAAUCUGUUGCUGAUUUAUUCAAUUUAAAGCCUGCUGACAAAAGACAAUGA